CUGUCAUGUUUUGAUUUGCCCAUAAUCACCAAUAACCAUUCAUAAAAUAAUAAAAUUGUAAACGGAAACAAACCAUGUGCUAACAUGGCGAUUUUUCUUAAUCAUCAACACCAUUCAUAGGAAAUCGUUAAAAUAGUGUUCGAUUGUUAUGGGAUUAUCAUUUGAUGGACAGUGUUAUUUACUAUAUAACCUAUUUUGGUCGUUUCUUUCACCCUAAAUAAAUAUUACGUCAAAAUGAGUGUCGACGCGUAUGGUCCGAGCUCUCAAACGCUUACAUUCCUGGAGACUGAAGAGGCUGAUCUAAUCGGUGCUGACACUCAAGGGUCUGAGUUUGAAUUCACCGAUUUCACUAUCCCAUCUCAGAGCCAAACACCUGCGUCCCAGCAUGAUCACAGUUUGACCACAGUCAACCAGGUGAAUGGUCUAGGACGGACGGACCUAAGUUCUAAAGUUGCGAGUGUCGCUAAUGCAAUAGCAGAGUUACAAUUUGAGGAAGAAGAUGAGGCUCUGUACAGCAGCAAAGAACUGCCUGACCAUGCAUGCAAGUACUGUGGCAUUCACGAUCCCGCCACGGUUGUUAUGUGCAAUAUCUGUAACAAGUGGUUCUGCAAUGGACGUGGCAACACCUCCGGUUCCCACAUCAUUAACCACCUGGUGAGAGCCAAGCACAAGGAAGCAGCAUUACACCGUGAUGGACCACUGGGAGAGACCUUACUUGAAUGCUAUUCAUGUGGGGCUCGCAAUGUGUUUGUUCUCGGAUUUAUUCCUGCUAAAGCAGACUCUGUUGUGGUGCUUCUUUGUCGCCAGCCAUGUGCUGCACAGAGUUCCCUGAAAGACAUGAACUGGGAUCAAGAGCAAUGGAAACCUUUAAUUGCGGACCGUGCUUUCUUGUCAUGGCUUGUAAAAGUUCCUUCAGAGGCUGAGCAAAUGAGAGCCAGACAGGUGACGCCUCAGCAGAUUGGACGCCUGGAAGAGCUCUGGCGUGACAACGUUGAUGCUACCUUCCAAGAUUUGGAGAAGCCUGGAGUGGAUGAAGAGCCUCACCAAGUUCUUUUAAGAUACGAAGAUGGAUACCAAUAUCAGAAUAUAUUUGGCCCACUUGUAAAAUUGGAAGCGGACUAUGACAAAAGACUUAAGGAGUCCCAAACUCAGGAGGGGAUUGAAGUGCGCUGGGAUGUGGGGCUUAACAAGAAAACAAUAGCCUAUUUCACUCUCGCCAAAACUGAUAGUGACAUGAAACUUAUGCAUGGAGAUGAGUUAAGACUGAGGUACGUGGGUGAAUUGCACAAGGCGUGGUCGGGCGUGGGCCACGUGAUCAAGGUGCCGGACAACUACGGCGACGACGUGGGCCUGGAGCUGAAGAGCGGCGCCGGCGCGCCUCUCGACUGCACCUCCAACUUCGUCGUGGACUUCAUUUGGAAGAGCACAUCUUUCGACAGAAUGCAACUGGCGCUCCGCAAGUUCGCGGUGGACGACUCGUCCGUGUCGGGCUACAUCUACCGCCGCCUGCUAGGCCACGAGGUAGAGGAGGUGCUGUUCCGCGUGCACCUGCCCAAGCACUUCAGCGCGCCCAACCUGCCCGACCUCAACAGGUCACAGGUAUAUGCCGUUAAACAUGCUCUGCAGCGCCCACUGUCACUGAUCCAAGGCCCUCCGGGCACGGGCAAGACUGUCACCUCUGCGACUAUCGUGUACCAGCUCGUGCGCCAGAACGGCGGGCCGGUGCUCGUGUGCGCGCCGUCCAACACGGCCGUGGACCAACUGACGGAGAAGAUCCACCGCACGGGGCUGAAGGUGGUGCGGCUGUGCGCCAAGUCGCGCGAGGCCAUGGAGUCGUCCGUGUCGUUCCUGGCGCUGCACGAGCAGGCGCGCGCGCUGGGCUCGGCCGACAGCGAGCUGCGCAAGCUCACGCGCCUCAAGGAGGAGGCGGGCGAGCUGUCGGCGGCCGACGAGCGCCGCUACCGCGCGCUGCGCCGCGCCGCCGAGCGCCGCCUGCUGGACGCGGCUGACGUGGUGUGCACCACGUGCGUCGGCGCCGGCGACCCGCGCGUGGCGCGCAUGCGCUUCCAGUCCAUCCUCAUCGACGAGGGCAUGCAGUCCACCGAGCCCGAGUGCAUGGUGCCCGUGGUGCUGGGUGCGCGUCAGCUAAUCCUGGUGGGCGACCACUGCCAGCUGGGGCCCGUCGUCAUGUGCAAGAAAGCAGCCAAGGCGGGCCUCAGCCAGAGCCUGUUCGAGCGCCUCGUGGUGCUCGGCAUCCGCCCCUUCCGCCUCGAGGUGCAAUACCGCAUGCACCCCGAGCUGUCGCGCUUCCCGUCCGACUUCUUCUACGAGGGCUCGCUGCAGAACGGCGUUAGCGCCGAGGAGCGGCGUCUGCACAAGAUCGACUUCCCCUGGCCGCGCCCGGACCGGCCGAUGUUCUUCUACGUCACCCAGGGCCAGGAGGAGAUUGCGGGGUCGGGAACUUCCUACUUGAAUCGAACGGAGGCCGCCAACGUGGAGAAGCUCACGACCCGCUUCCUGAAAGCCGGCGUCCGCCCCGAACAGAUCGGGAUCAUAACCCCCUAUGAGGGCCAACGCUCGUACCUCGUGCAGCACAUGCAGUACCAAGGCAGCCUGCACGCCAAGCUCUACCAGGAGAUCGAGGUGGCCAGCGUCGACGCCUUCCAGGGACGCGAGAAGGACAUCAUCAUCAUGUCCUGCGUGCGCUCCAACGAGCACCAGGGCAUCGGCUUCCUGAGUGAUCCGCGCCGCCUGAACGUGGCGCUGACGCGCGCCAAGUACGGCCUCAUCGUCGUCGGCAACCCCAAGGUGCUCAGCAAGCAGCCGCUGUGGAACCACCUGCUCGCCUUCUACAAGGAGCGGCGCGUGCUCACGGAGGGCCCGCUGUCCAACCUGAAGGAGUCGGCGAUCCAGUUCGCCAAGCCCAAGAAGCUGGUGAACGCGCAGAACCCCGGCUCGCACUUCAUGUCCACGUCCAUGUUCGACGCGCGCGAGGCCAUGGUGCCCGGCUCGGUGUACGACCGCGCGCGGCCGCCGCGCGACCCGCUGGCCUACGUGGGCCCCGCGCGCGCCGCGCUGCUGCACGCGCCCGUGCCGGCCGCCGCCUUCGCCGCGCACCGCGGCCGCGCGCCGCCCGCCGCCGCACGCGCGCGCCGCCGCCCGCCGCGCCUGUCGCAGGAGCCGCUAUCGCAGCAGCCGCCACUGUCGCUGUCGCAGGGCGCGUCGCAGCCCGACUUCAGCCAGGAGUCGGCGGCGCCCGACUGCCCGUCGCAGCCGGACGGGCUGCUGUCGCAGGACUCCACGUACCAGGGCGGGUUCCGCGCGCGCGGCGGCCAGUACUGAAGCCGCGCUGCCAGCCGACCACUCCCGCGGGGAGACAGCACGGUCCUGACGACACGCCGACGCGCCGCCGCCGCCGGCUGCGGCCGCGGAGCAGGCGCAGAGUCCCGAGCGCGACGAGCGGCACAUUCCGAUGCGCGAGGGGAAACUUAAUCAUAAAUUACAGGAAUAGAAAUAGGGACUUUCGAUAUCCAACGUUUCGGGAAAAUUAUACACCGGUCGGUAGCUCGCUAGAGCGACGCCGAUACAUUUUAGUGUCUCCCAUAUUAUUACGAUCAUGUCUAUGACCAUUCAGCACAAAAUUCAUGUUUGAACAUUACAAUUCCAUACUUAAAUGUUGUAACGAAAACGCAAAUGAGGAGUACUGACAAUGAUCUAUGGUAUAGGUUCAUUACCGUUCGCCGAUUUACUUCUUUAUUUUUAUCAUAACAUGAAUCGAAAAUUUAACAUUGUAGAAUUUUAUUCUUUUAGGUCAAACUUCGUUCAUAUGGUUUUGUUUCCAUUCUCAUUGAGGUUAGGAAUCAUUAAAAUCAAUGCUCUAUAUUAGACAAUAUUAUGUCAGCAAUAAAUACUUCAUUAUUUUUCCUUCAUAAAAAAGUAUAGCCAAUAAAUAGACUCGAAAUUAAACAAACUAUAAUGAAAUGAAUAGAUAAAACAUGAGGUGAAGCUAUCAGAACUAGCUGUAAAAUGUGCAAUGAAAAAGGAAUUCCCAAAAAUGUAAAUUUUGUAAAUCCAUAGAACAAUAAUAAUGGGUGUUGUUUAUAUAAUGUUUCUAUUUAUUUUAUUACAUUUUAAUUAUUCCAGAUGAUGCCUGCAACUUUGUCCGCGUGGAUUUAUGAUUUUCAAAAAUUCCGUGGAAACUUUCAUUUUCAAGAUAAAGUCGCCUUCAAAAUGCAAUCUCUUAUCUCUGUAGUUACCAAACAUCAAAAUCGGUUAAAUGGAGUAACCAACAGACACUUUUGCAUUUAUCACUUAUAUUAUUUGUAUGGAUUGUGUAAAUUUUAUUACAUGCAGGUACAUUAAUUAUUACUUUCUUAAAGAAUUGUAUAAUUUUUUGUAAGUAUAAAUUGUAUCAAAUAUAAAACAACCUUUAUAAAGCAAAUUUCAAUAUAAUCAAAAAUCAGUGUGUUAAUUACAUUCAAAAAAUAAUUUGAUUUCUGAAAUGUAUAUUUUGCAGUGUAUAAAAGUCAUUUUUAAAUCUAUUAGAGAAGAUUUUUGUAACGAAUUUAUGUACUUAUGUAAAUUUUACAAAUACUACUAUGUAUGUAACAAAUUGUGGAUUCUAGAUUUAUAAAUGUUUUAAAAACCGCCUUAGUAUAUUAUUAUGACUGGGAAUGAAAUUGGAAUUCUGUUGUGGAAUUUUACUUUACAAACAUUUUUUAUGUAGAAAACUCUUACUGAAAAUGCUCAAUCCACCGAUAUUUUAUUUUGUGAAGGAAAAAAAAUAAAGAUUCUUUCAUCA